UUUCACCGUUUCUAUUAUUUUUUUUCUUCUUCUUCUUUUUAACAUCACUUAUGUCAGACACUUUGUUAAAACGAUCUCCUCCUGAUGACUUUGACUGGCCAGCUACUAUCUUUCUUUAUGUUAUCUUGAUUAUGUUGGGUAUUGGCAUGUGUUUCUGUCUUCAGAGAGCAAAUAGGCUGAUACCCAAUCGAUUUAGUUUCCCUUUAGUGGAAAGAAGAAGAGGUCCCUUUGAUUUAGGAACAGAAGAAGAAGGCUUAUUAAGUCAUUACAGUGAUGCAGAAGAGGAUGCUGAAAUUAUCGAUAAUCAGAAUGCACUAGGCAUUACAAGAUACAGUGAUAAUCAAGAAGAUGACGAUGCUGACCAUCAACCAAAAUAAAACCAUUCAUGCAUCCUCCCUGAUAAAGUCCGCGCACGCUUCUUCUUUUACUUCUUCGGUCAUCUAAAAGCGAAUUUUAGCAGUACUCUUUUUUUUUUUUAAUGUGGCUUACUAGUUGUUAUUUUUUUUUAUAUUUCUUUUCUUACUUUGUAAAAGAAACUUCUUUUUUUUCUUCUUCUUCUUUUGUUGGACGCUUAUUCAUUUUUAGUGGCCAUUUUAUUUAAAACUGAAAAGAGAAAACGAACUACUUCAAGACUUGGCAGAGUCUUCAACAAAGAAACUAAAAAGUAAGAAGAAGAACAAGAAGAAGAAG